AUGGCCACCGCUAUCAGCGCGGCAGUGUGGGCAUUGGGCAAGGCGCUGGCUCCCGUUAGUGAUGACCUUCUCAAGAACUGGGCAGCCAGUGACAGUCUUGGCCCCAACAUCAGCGCCCUCAAGACGGAGCUGCUGCGCGCGCAGGGGAUACUAUACACCGCGCAGGACAGGGUCAUCGCCAACCCUGCGCUCAAGGAGCUGCUGCACAUGCUGCGGCAGCUGGCGGACAAGGCGGAAGAUGUGCUUGACGAACUGGACUACUUCCGCAUCCAGGACGAGCUCGACAGAACUUACCAUGCAGCCGAUAAGCAUGCCGGGGGCUGCAUGUGUGGCCUCGCUCUCAAUGCCCGGCACACUGCCAGGGCCGUUGCCAAUAAACUCAAGUUCUCCUCAGCUGGCAUCUUGCACACACCAAAACUGAAGUUCGAUCGUGUGGAGAUGUCUAAACGGAUGUCAGACAUUGUAAAGCAGCUGGAUCCCAUAUGUGCUAAGGUGAAGGAAAUCCUUGAUCUAGAGCUCCGCAAACCUACUGCCCAAUGCAAGAGACCCAAAACAACCCCAGCAAUAAUAGAGCCAGAGAUAUUCGGGAGGAAUGUUGAGAAAAAAAACAUUGUAGAUGGCAUUACCCAUGGAAAAUAUUGUGCCGAUGGACUUACCGUUCUUCGAAUUGUUGGCCCAGGUGGUAUUGGGAAGACGACUUUCACACAACACAUAUAUCAAGAAGUGAAGAGCUCGUUUGAUGUUAUGAUUUGGAUCUGUGUAUCUCUCAAUUUCGAUGCAAACAGGUUAGCACAAGAGAUUCUGAGACAGAUCCCUGAAGUAAAUGGUGAAAAGAAAAAUGCCAUUGAGGAAGAGCUUAUCGAAGAAAGAUUAAAACAUAAGAGAUUCUUGCUGGUCUUGGAUGAUGUCUGGACAUAUGAGGAGGAUGAGUGGAAGAAACUGUUAGCUCCCUUCAGAAAAGGAGAGGCAAGAGGUAAUAUGGUUAUUGUCACGACUCGAAUCCCAGAGACAGCAACAGUUGGAAAAAUAGUUGAUUAUUCAAUAGAACUGAAUGGCUUAGGCACUGAAGAUUUUAUGCAUUUAUUUGAAGCAUACGUAUUUGGUCACCAACAGCCAUGGAAAGACCAUCCUGAAUUACUUGAUGUUGGGAAAGAAAUAGUGGGCAAACUGAAGGGUUUCCCUCUUGCAGCAAAAACUGUAGGUAGACUUCUAAGCAGUCAGCUUACAUUGGAUAAUUGGACAAGAGUUCUAGAAAGCAAAGAAUGGGAGUUACAAACCAGCGACCAUGACAUUAUGCCAGCUCUGAAGCUUAGCUAUGAUUAUCUUCCUUUCCAUCUACAACAGUGUUUUUUCUAUGGUGCUUUGUUUCCUGAAGACUAUGAGUAUGGUAGCAACGAGUUGGUUCACUUAUGGACAGGGCUGGAUAUUUUAGACUCUUCUGAUCAAAGGAAAAGACUUGAAGAUGUUGGACUGUGCUAUUUAAAUGACUUAGUUAAUCGUGGAUUUUUUAAGAAGAAUGAAAAAAUAGAUGGCAGUGCUUGUUAUGUUAUGCAUGACCUACUGCAUGAGUUGGCAGUGAAGGUUUCAUCGUCAGAGUGUCUUAGCAUAUCUAGUUCUAAUGUAAGAUAUGUGCAAUCUUCUCCAUCUGUACGUCACUUGUCUAUCAUUAUAGAUGAGAGAGAUGUCAAUGAUAGAAUGGCCUUUGAAGAAUUUAAGAGGGAGUUGAGUACAUUGGAAGAGAAAUUGAAAGUUGAAAACCUACAAACUGUGAUGUUAUUUGGAAAACACCAUGGAUGCUUUGCCAAGACUUUUGGUGAUUUGUUUGCAGAAGCAAAAGCCCUUCGUGUUAUUUUGUUGUCUAAGUCACUUUAUAAAUACAUUCUGGAGGAUGUGUUUUGCAACUUUCCAAGACUUGUUCAUCUUCGGUACCUAAGGAUAAUACCUUUCUUCGAUGUAACUCUAACCAGCAACAUGUCAAGGUUUUAUCACCUAAGGGUUCUAGAUGUUGAAAAACACAAUGUCCCUGUUGAUUUUCCAAGAGAUGUGAGCAAGCUUACAAAGUUGUGCCAUUAUCUUGUUCAGGAGAAUUUCUUUGAAGAUAGAACUUCUGAUUUGGGAAGACAGGACUUAUUGCAGGACUUGAGAAGCUUUAUGGUAAAAAAGGAAAAUAUAGGUUUUGAAAUGAGACAGAUCGGUCGUUUGGCGGAGUUUGGUGUGUCACUAAGAAUUCAUAGCAUUGAGAAUGCUGAACGACAUGAAGAAGUGAAUGAAGCAAAACUGACACACAAAACCCACAUACAGAAGCUAAUGUUAGAAUGGGGUUAUGGUCGACCUAAUAAGGAUCUUGCAAAAGAAGAUCAUGUUCUUGAAAGCCUUCAGCCACAUAGCAAUCUUCUAGAGCUGCACAUUGGAGGACAUGGAGGUGCUACCUGCCCUUCAUGGUUAGGUUCGAACCUCUCAGUUAAAGCAUUGGAAUCUCUUUGUCUGGUUGAUGUAGCUUGGAACAAUUUUCCACCUAUAGGAGAGUUGGUGUUUGUUAGCGAGCUUGGUGAAGAGCAUCCCAGUGGUAUCCCUAGCCAGAGCUUUCAAAAUUUGAAAAGGCUAGAAUUGGUUAAGAUUUCAAGAUUGAAAAAAUGGGUCGGAAUUAGCGCUUGUCGUUUGGUCUCUCUCCUAGAAGUGCUCAUUGUUAAAGAAUGCUCUGAACUGGUGGAGCUGCCAUAUUCAGGUUGGCAAUCAGCACAUGAGGCAUGUGCGACUUGGUUUCCUAGAUUACGGAAGCUCGAGAUUAUGGACUGCCCAAAGCUGUUGGCAUUGCCUCCUGUUCCUUGGACUCUUGCUCCGUGCUCUGCUAAGAUUGAACGGGUAGGAUCAGGUUUUAUGGAGUUGGCUUACUCAAAAAAUUGCAGAUCAGAAUCGGGUUUGAAAGUUACUGGGAAGGUGGGUGGUCAUGAUAGCACGUUCUGGAAUAUGUUGGCAUUCUCUAAUCUAGCUGACCUAUUAGAGCUGGAAAUGCAGAAUUGCCCUCCGCUGCCACUGGAUCACCUCCAAAAGCUAACGCCUAUGCAGAGUCUUAAAAAAGUUAAUUCCAAUAAUUUAUUGUCACCAACUGAUGUUGAGAGUGCUGCCAUAUACCAGUUACGAAUUGGUACCCUGGAGAUUUGGCAUUGUAGUGCUAGUGAGAAGGAACUGGCACAGCUGCUCUCCUAUCUCCCAUAUCUGAGCAAGUUAGACAUAUACAGUUGUACGAAGAUAACAAGGGUUGGUGUGGUGGAGCAGCAGAAAACAACUCAUAAAAUGGGCUUUGGACAAACUGGACCGCAGCAGCAAGAGACAAGAGGAGAGGAGGAGAUAGCAACAGUAGCAGCAGGAGGAGAAGCACUUGUGCUCUUGCCUCCCCAGCUGCAGGAAUUGGGGAUCUGCGAUUGCCCACAGUUGACCCUACUCUCCAGUUCGCUCCAAGGCCAAGGAGGAGGAGGGCUCCAAGGCCUCCGCUCCCUCCGCAAAUUGAGUAUAAGUGGUUGCCCCAAGUUCCUCUCCUUUCAUUCGUUCUCUAGUUUUCCUUUACCCACCUCUCUACAAACCCUAUCUCUCAAGGACAUCGAGGGAAUUGUGACCCUGGAGCCCCUCUCAGAUUUCACAUCUCUCACGAAUCUGCACAUACAUAACUGUGGGGAUUUAAGAGGCGAGGGUAUGUGGGCUCUUGCACAGUGCCGUCUCGCAGUUUUAGAAAUCGAGAAAACCCCCAAAUUCUUUGCCAGUUCUGAGCCCCAAAAUUUUCCCCGUUCCAGCAAAAUUGAGGAGAUAACCAUAGAUGACCCCACAGGUUUCCUUGCUGCGCCCAUCUGCAGCCUCCUAUCAUCCUCCCUCACCAAAUUAUACUUGGAUGGAAAUGAAAAUGAUGAGGUGGAGCGCUUCAGUAAGGAGCAAGAGGAUGCUCUUCAGCUCCUCUCCUCCCUCCAGGAGCUCAGGUUUGAAUUCUUCCGCAAGCUGCAGUGCCUCCCAGCAGGGUUACACAGAAUUUCCAGCCUCAAGAAAUUAUGGAUUGAACAUUGUCAGGCCUUCCGUUCGCUGCCCAAGGACGGCCUUCCAUGUUCUCUACAAUAUUUACAUAUUUGGAACUGUCCUGCCCUGAAAUUGCUGCCCAAGGACGGCCUCCCAAGUUCACUGCGAAUGUUAUGUAUCCACUCUGGCAACAGCGAGGAGCUAAUGUGGCAGUGCCGCAAGCUAAAAGGAACCAUUCCUAUAAUUAUAAUCAGUGACUAAUCCAAGGGCUCUUCUUCGGUCUGCAUAUUUCGUUAGACUCAUACUACAAAUCAUAUCUGCAUCCAAGUGCAGUUUGAGUUUGCAGUGCAACCAUGAAGACCUCAGUUUGUAUCUUCCAUGGUGUACAUAAUCUUGGAACAUGCACUGACGUUGUUCUCUGGUGGUAUAAAUGCUGUCAAGUCUGUUUUGCUGGAUGCAACUUGUUGUUUCAUAUAUGAAGUAUUCCACAUGAAUCAAAUUCUCCCAAAGAUUUAUCUAUUGAUGGAAGUUAUAUUUCUUACCAAGUUUUUCAAGUUUCUACCAUUUGAUAGUAGAUGCAACUUCGUCCCAAUUGCACUAAUGCGCUUCAGCUGAAGUGCUGUAUGCGCUUUAUGCUCGCAUGCUGCUUGGUGUAAAUUUGGCUAUUCUGGAAGCAGAAUUUACGUGCAAGAUCUCCUCGGAAGAUCAAGGUUAUUUUAGACCCAAUCGGUUAUCUAAAUGAAUCAAUACUGUCGUAUCAGUUUCCAUAUUGCCAAUUGAAACCAUCCAAAUAACCCACCGCAACACUUAGAUAUGCAUCAGCGGCUGUUGGGCGGUUCUUGCCGGCACCAUAGGGCCAGGACCGGACGCUUCUAACUAGGACUGCCCGGCUCCAAUCAACAGGACCUAGCAUUGCCCUCAACCAACGGCGACGACGGCUGUCUGGCUGGAGCACCCCUCUGCGUGCUCCAGCUUUGUCGCUGCGUCUCCUCUACUGGAGCUCCACCAGCAGGCACACCACCACCACCCACACCAUCUCCAGCGACGAAGUCCCCAACGGCAUCACGCAAGUCGCCACCGGUGCAAACACCAAACCUAAGUGGCUGGACGAAAACCUAGGUGGCUGCGAUGCGAAGAUCAAGACAAUAGUGGGCUGAUAAGUGAGCUAAACAUUUGCUGAAUCGACACAUGUACAUCCAAUCUCUUCAUUGUCAUGCUGCUAACCUGUGGACUGGACAAGUUCUUGUGUCGAUUGGAAGUGCUACAUUUGUGGGGUUGAUCAGCGUGUGCAACUGUAUUCCCGUC